UUGGUUUUACUUUUACCUAAAUAAAAUGGCGACGUCCAUGAAGUCGACAAUGCUUUAAUCAAUUUAAUGAUAUCAUAUACUUAUCGAGGGAUUGCAGUGUACAUAAGUGCAAUUCACAGAACCGCUAUUCUGAAGGUCAUCGUAAAGAAAAGUCGCUAUGGACUUCGAGUCUGAAUCAUGGGAUAUAAGUGAAGAGACGGAUAGUCUGAACCGAAGUCUUUUUAGCAGAAGUUUCAUUCCUACCAAUUCAAAAAAAGAAAAGAAAAAGAAAGUCAAGGAGAAGAAAGGAAGUGGAGGAUUAGCUGGCAGUCAUGAAGAAUUCACAGAUAUAAAAAUAGAAAACCAAAAGGCCAAGAAGAAGGCAAAAAAAAGGAAAAUUGAAUCGGUGAGCAGUGACGACAAUUCAAAGAGAAAGAAAAUCAGUGUUCAAAGUGAAAAUUCGGAACAAAAACCCGAAAACAAGGAAAGUGAUUCCAAAAUAAACGCACAUCAGAGUAAAAAAAAGAAAAAAAACACAAAAUGCAAAAAUAAAUUCAAAUCGGAGAAUUGUGUGACAAGACAACCUGGGGGUAAAAAUCUCCAGAGGAGGGAGAUAAAAGAAAAAACCACUGGGAUUAGGGAACCAGCGAAAGAGGCACUGGGGAAACUUUCUAGUUCAAAUACAGAUGGUUCAAAACCAGAUGGCAAAAAGAGUAUACAUUUCAUGAAGACGGUGUCAAAUGAUGAAGCAAGUCGUUCAGGUGUAAGCAUAAAGAUGGAUAAAAAUGGAGAAAAUAGUGAUUUAAUUAGUAAGAAUUUGUCAAAAGUAAGUAAAAAGAAAAGAAAGAAAAACAAAACUAUGACAGCUGAUACAAACAGUGCAGAAACAUUAGAUGUUAAAUUUAAAAUUACACCCAAAACUGACUCAAAUAAGAACUUAAAUGGAAAGGUAAGAAAACCGACAUUUAACCCUGCAAUAUUGUCCAGGAUGUUGGCAUCAGCAUCGGAAUCUAAAACCGACAGUUCCAUAGAAAAGAGAACUGACUCCAGAAAAAAUAAAAAACGCAAAGAAAUGAAGAUAAACGAGGAGGAUGAUAUGGAAAAAGCCAGAAAGAAAACAAAAAACCAGAAAGAAAAUGAAUUUGAAGAAGAGAUCAAGGUAGAAGAAGCCAGAAAGAAAAAGAAGAAACGAAAAGAAAUAAAGGUAGAUGAAGAGGCUGAUCUUGAGAAAGCUCCUUCAAAGUCUCUUUCCCUGAAGGAGAGGUUGAUGGAACAGUUGAAUUCUGCCCGGUUCCGCUAUAUCAAUGAGCAGCUAUACACCCAGACUGGUCAGGAGGCGCAGGAAAUGUUUGAGGAGGAUGAGGAGGCGUUCCAGGUCUACCAUCAAGGCUUCCAGACCCAGGUCAACAAAUGGCCGGCAAAUCCAGUUGAUUUGUUCAUCAAGGACAUUCAGCAAUUACCUGGUAAUAAAGUAGUGGCCGACUUUGGAUGUGGAGAUGCAAAAAUUGCCAGAAAUGUUCCACAUAAAGUCCACUCCUUUGACUUGGUUGCCCUGAAUGACCAUGUAACCGCAUGUGACAUGGCACAUAUACCACUGGGGAAUGGGAGUGUAGAUGUGGCCGUGUUCUGUCUUUCACUGAUGGGUACAAAUCUGGCAGAUUACUUGACAGAGGCUCACAGAGUUCUCAAAACUGGUGGGCAGCUAAAAAUUGCAGAGGUUGCCAGUAGGUUCCAUAGUCUCCCUCAGUUUCUGUUAAAAGUCGAACAGUUUGGAUUCCACCAAGUGUCAAAGGACACGUCAAACAAAAUGUUCUACAUAUUCACUUUCAAGAAAACAGGAAAACCAAAAGCCAAAGCUCCCGUGUUAACCCUUGACCCUUGUGUGUACAAAAAAAGAUAGAAUGUGAAAUUUUCCAAAUCAACAAUUUAUUUAUACAAUAUCUGAUUUUUAUGUCUAUGCAAUAAAUAUACAGGAAAAUUUAAAUGUC